UUUUAAGGGCGGAACUUCCUGUUGCGAGUAGCCCCUCUACCUCCGGAAGAGACGAGCGCGGUAACACGGUUCACAGAACUGGCAGGACGUCCUCCGACUCAAGCUUCGAGAAACUUGGUGCAUCCCCAGGCCCAGGUAGUCACUCUAAGUGAUGGGGCAGCGCCCAGGUCCUGUGCUGUCCGCAGUAGCGGUGCUGGGACAGGUGGCAAAAAGGAAGGUGGCCUGGCUCCCACGCUGGAAGGCUGUGACCAGGACAGAAACAGCAGGAAACAGUUCAGGUGUUUAUGGCUUUGGGAAAAUGAAAAUAUUUGUCAAAUAUUUUCAGAAGAUGGCUGAUCCUUGGCAGGAAUGCAUGGAUUAUGCAGUAACUCUAGCAAGACAAGCUGGAGAGGUAGUUUGUGAAGCUAUAAAAAAUGAAAUGAAUGUUAUGCUGAAAAGUUCUCCAGUUGAUUUGGUAACUGCUACGGACCAAAAAGUAGAAAAAAUGCUUAUCUCUUCCAUAAAGGAAAAGUAUCCAUCUCACAGUUUCAUUGGUGAGGAAUCUGUGGCAGCUGGGGAAAAAAGUAUCUUAACUGACAACCCCACAUGGAUCAUUGACCCUAUUGAUGGAACAACUAACUUUGUACAUAGAUUUCCUUUUGUAGCUGUUUCAAUUGGCUUUGCUGUAAAUAAAAAGAUAGAAUUUGGAGUUGUGUAUAGUUGUGUGGAAGGCAAGAUGUACACUGCCAGAAAAGGAAAAGGUGCCUUUUGUAAUGGUCAAAAACUACAAGUUUCACAACAAGAAGAUAUUACCAAAUCUCUCUUGGUGACUGAGUUGGGCUCUUCCAGAACACCAGAGACUGUGAGAAUUGUUCUUUCUAAUAUGGAAAAGCUUUUUUGCAUUCCUGUUCAUGGGAUCCGGAGUGUUGGAACAGCAGCUGUUAAUAUGUGCCUUGUGGCAACUGGCGGAGCAGAUGCAUAUUAUGAAAUGGGAAUUCACUGCUGGGAUGUUGCAGGAGCUGGCAUUAUUGUUACUGAAGCUGGUGGCGUGCUAAUGGAUGUUACAGGCGGACCAUUUGAUUUGAUGUCACGAAGAGUAAUUGCUGCAAAUAAUAGAAUAUUAGCAGAAAGGAUAGCCAAAGAAAUUCAGGUUAUACCUUUGCAACGAGACGAUGAAGAUUAAUUACAGCAGCCUCAUAGUCAAUCCCAGUUGCUUUUCCCCGGAUUUGGUGACUCAUCAAUGGAUAUGUGUUUUGGAUGUAUGAUAUGCUUGGUUUAAAUUCUCUUUGUCCAGGUCAAAAAUUGGGAACUUGUUUCUUAUUUUACUGUGUGUAGCUUUGCAAGAAUUGACAUAAUGUUUGUUUCACUGAUUUAAAAAAUUUUGCAUGUAAGGAUGUACUUUAGGAAACAUACCCAGGAAGUACAGUUGAUAAAUAUAACAUCAACUGAAAUAGUCAAUUAGCAAUUUUGUGUUUCUAAAUAUCUGUGGUCCCCUGAAAUUUUGACUUACUAUAUAGGUGCAGAGACACCCACUUAGAACGUUAACUUUGGAGAAACAUUUCUCUUUAGUUUCAAAAACCAUAUAUAAUUAAAUUUGUAAGGAUAUACUGAGCACCCUAGGCCAACGUUUUUUUCUUCGCAGAGAACCUUUUUUGUUUUAUUCUUCAGUGUUCAUAUAGCACCUGGCCCAUUACAUAUCUAGGCAACUAAACAAACAUUGUAAGAAUGAAUAUUUUUAAGGUAGUAAUUCCUAGUUACAAUAGAUACAUAAAGUAAUGAACUCAGCAUUCUGUACUUUUGCUUCAGGUUUGAAGUAAAAAUUAUCUAGUUAAAUUUUUUAUAUUUCAUGUUACCAUACCAUUUCACAUUACCAUACCAUCAGAUAGCAUUGCUUAUUGUGGGCAUUUCUGCAGUGAAUACAUUUUCCAAAACAGUUAAAUUGUCUGUUUGGAUUUGCUUUAAAGUCCUGUGUAAGAGAGAAGAAACUAUUUCUUUAAUAAAAAGCACUCUCAUCAGAUAUCUGACAUAAUUAGAUACAAUAUAACAUUUUACUAAGUUCAGUAUUCAUGUUUUAAAGGUGUUUAUACUGAUUUGAUUGUGCUGGAAAAUAUACUGUAUUGUUAAUAUUGAACUACUUAUUUUUCUCUUAGUCUUCUUAUUUAAUUAACUUCAUUGCCACUGGAUUCUCUUCGGCCUUUAAAAAUAUUUUUUAGUGGUCAUUGCUCUGCAGAACUCAAAAAGAAAAUUGUACUGGUUCAUAGACAUUUUUAAAGGGUUAAUUUAUUGUUCAGCCUUAUCCCUUGUCAUGUGAACAGACUACUAGACUUAUUGUAGGUUCGUUUGAGCUUUGUGUUGUAAAAUUAAAAGUGCUUCUAUAAAGUUUUCAAGGUAGGGAGUGAUUUUAUUGUUGUGUAUAUCUAACAUAUUAAGUAUGUGUGAUACUAAGGUUUGAGUGCUAUAAGUAUUUGUACUGUUGAUCACAUGUACUUAAAACAUCUGAUACUGUAUUCUAAGAGAGGUUGUUUUUGCAAUUAAAUUUAUUUUAAUAAGACAAUCAUGAAUAAAACUUUAAAUUAAUUGA